AUGAACAAAAGAGAUAAAAUAAAGAAACAUUGUAGUUUUGUUGUUGUAAUUGUUGUAUUCUUCAGUUUCAAUGUUGGGCCACAGCUUGUUUCUUGUCAGAAAAAUGCUGGUGGUGGAGGUGGUGGUAGUUCAGGUGCUGGUUUUGAGAUUUUUGCUAAGGAAUUGUAUAAUAGUAUGUCCAAUUAUACAAAUGUUUUCAAAGGUGCAAUCAAGAAAGAGUUGGGUUAUUGCAUAAUGGAUGUGGAUGCUGAUUGGGAUGGUGCUUUCAAUUUCACCAAAGAUCUCACAUUUUUGACCAUGUGUGCCCAACAAAUGAAAGGAGAUAUUACACAGAGAAUGUGCACGGCGGGAGAAAUAGAAGCGUAUGCUAGAAGUUUUGCAGGAGGCUCAGGAAAAGCCAAAGGAAACUUAUUGAAGCCAAAUCAUAACUGUAAUUUGAGUGCUUGGCUUAAUGGAUGUGAGCCUGGUUGGGGUUGCAAAGCUAAUACAAAAAUUGAUCUUAAUAGUAAGAAGAAGGAAAUACCUUCUAGAUCCCUUGAUUGCCAACCUUGCUGUGAAGGGUUCUUUUGUCCUCGCGGCAUCACAUGCAUGAUACCUUGUCCUUUGGGCUCUUAUUGUCCUCGAGGGGAACUCAAUAAAACUAGUGGAAUAUGCGCACCAUAUCGAUAUCAGUUACCUCCUGGAAAAGAUAACCAUAGUUGUGGAGGAGCAGAUAUUUGGGCCGACAUUGCUAGUAGUAGCGAGGUAUUCUGUUCAUCAGGAUCAUACUGUCCAUCUACAAUCAUACAUAAUCCUUGCAGUCGAGGGUAUUACUGCAGAACAGGUUCUACGGCUCAAGAGAGAUGUUUCAGGCUUGCAAGUUGUGAGCCUAAAUCGGCAAAUCAAAAUAUUACUGCAUAUGGUCUCCUGGUUUUUGCCGGCUUGUGUUUUUUGCUGAUUAUCAUAUACAACUGUUCCGAUCAAGUUCUCGCGACUCGAGAAAGAAGACAAGCAAAAUCAAGAGAAAGGGCUGCUGCAAGCGUGAGAGAAACACAAGCACGCGAAAAAUGGAAAUCAGCAAAAGACAUUGCUAAGAAACAUGCAUCAGGACUACAAUCACAAUUAUCGCGUACAUUUUCUCGCAAAAAAACAUCGAAGAUGCCAGAUUUUAAAGGUGUGUUACCACCUAUGCCUGGUUUAUCAAAAGGAAAGAAAAAGGAUAAAAACAACCUCUCAAAAAUAAUAAAUGAUAUUGAGCAAGAUCCUGAUAGUCAAGAAGGGUUCAAUGUGCAAAUAGGAGAUAAGAAUGUGAAAAAGCAAGCACCGAGGGGUAAGCAAUUGCAUACUCAGAGUCAAAUUUUCAAGUACGCGUAUGGUCAGAUCGAAAAGGAAAAGGCGUUACAGGAACAAAAUAAGAACUUGACAUUCUCCGGAGUGAUUUCAAUGGCUAAUGACAUUGAUAUAAGGAAAAGGCCUACGAUUGAGGUUGCUUUUAAAGACUUAACACUCACUUUGAAAGGGAAAAACAAGCAUCUGUUAAGAUGUGUGACUGGUAAGAUAUAUCCGGGCCGAGUUUCUGCAGUCAUGGGUCCAUCUGGGGCUGGUAAGACAACAUUUCUUUCUGCUUUAACUGGAAAAGCAACCGGAUGCCACACAACUGGUCAGGUUCUUGUAAACGGUCAGGAGUCGUCUAUUCGAUCAUUCAAGAGGAUCAUUGGCUUUGUUCCACAAGAUGAUAUUGUCCAUGGAAAUUUGACUGUUGAAGAAAAUCUGUGGUUUAGUGCCAGAUGCAGACUCUCGGCUGAUCUACCGAAAGAAGAGAAGGUGUUGGUGGUCGAAAGAGUCAUUGAAUCCUUGGGUCUGCAGGCAAUACGAGAUUCUUUGGUUGGGACAGUGGAGAAACGAGGAAUCUCUGGAGGUCAAAGGAAGAGAGUAAACGUUGGAUUAGAAAUGGUUAUGGAACCUUCUCUUCUAAUUUUGGAUGAACCUACAUCCGGUUUGGACAGUUCAUCUUCACAGUUACUGCUCAGAGCACUUAGACGCGAGGCUCUUGAAGGUGUAAACAUAUGUAUGGUCCUUCACCAACCGAGUUACACGUUGUUCAAGAUGUUUGAUGAUUUUAUACUGCUUGCUAAAGGAGGUCUAACAGUGUAUCAUGGACCUGUGAACAAAGUGGAAGAGUACUUCUCUAGCAUGGGGGUCUUUGUCCCGGACCGUGUCAACCCUCCGGAUUACUACAUUGACAUUUUAGAAGGAAUAUUAAAACCAAGUGCGAGUUCAGGAGUGAACCAUAAACAGCUACCGGUUAGAUGGAUGCUUCAUAAUGGAUAUCCUGUGCCUAUGGAUAUGCUGCAUACUAUAGAAGGAAUGUCAGCUCCAACCAAUGUUCCAACACAAGGACCUAACCCUAAUGCAAAGCUUACUGCCGCACCUUCUUUUGCCGGAGAGCUUUGGCAGGACGUGAAGUGCAACGUUGAGAUGAAGAGAGACAAUCUUCAACUCAACUUCUUAACUUCAAACGAUUUGUCCAAUAGGACUACACCAGGAUCUUUCACGCAAUACAAAUACUUUCUUGGAAGAGUUGGUAAGCAGCGGUUGCGAGAAGCUAGAACGCAAGCUGUAGAUUUUCUGAUUCUGCUGCUGGCUGGUGUUUGCUUAGGAACACUUGCUAAAGUGAGCGAUGAAUCGUUUGGAGCAACUGGUUAUACAUACACCGUAAUUGCAGUAUCACUCCUUUCCAAGAUUGCUGCUCUGAGAUCGUUCUCAUUGGAUAAGUUGCAUUACUGGAGAGAAAGCGCUUCUGGAAUGAGUAGCCUCGCUUACUUUCUUUCAAAGGAUACAGUUGACCAUUUCAGUACAAUCAUCAAACCUUUGGUUUAUCUCUCCAUGUUCUAUUUCUUCAACAAUCCAAGAUCAUCUUUCACAGAUAAUUACAUCGUUCUACUAUGUUUGGUGUAUUGUGUCACUGGCAUUGCGUAUGUGUUGGCAAUCUUCCUUCAACCAGGUCCAGCCCAGCUAUGGUCCGUGUUACUACCAGUAGUUUUGACUCUGCUAGCAACUUAUGACAAUGAAGAGGGUAGCAAAUAUGUGGAAUUUAUGUCUGAUCUAUGCUACACCAAGUGGGCUCUUGAAGCAUUUGUUAUAUCAAAUGCUAAAAGGUAUUCUGGAGUUUGGUUAAUAAGCCGAUGUGGUGCACUCAACAAAUACGGCUAUGAUCUCAAACAUUGGUACCAAUGUUUAGGACUCCUCGUUGUGACAGGAAUAAUCAGUCGCAUGCUUGCAUUUUUUUGUAUGAUGACAUUCCAGAAGAAAUAG